GCAGAAAAACAGCACCCUGGAGACAGAAAAAACUGCUCUGAAGCAGAAAAUCACUGCCUUGGAAAUGGAAAAAAAUACCCUGGAGCAGGAAAAAACUGCCUUAGAGCAAAAGAAUAGUGCCCUGGAGGAGGAAAACACCACACUGGAGGAUAAAAUUACUGCCUUAGAAAUGGAAAACCAUACUCUGGAGAAUAAAAAAAAUUAUAUAAAACAUAAAAAUAUCACCCUUGAGCAAGUAAAGUUCGGCCUGGAGAAGGAAAACCUCGCCCUAAUGGAUGAAAACAACACCUUGGAGAAGAGAAUGGCCACCCGGAAGGAGGAAUGUAACGAACUGUUGGAGAACAACGCCACCUUGGAGCAGGAAAUAUGUGACUUAGAGAAAAGAAUUGAAGCCCUGGAGCAGGAAAACUCCAGACAGUGGCACAAAAACACCUCUCUGGAGCAGGAAAAAACUGCUCUGGAACAGAAAACCACCACAAUGGAGCAAAUUACCACUGCCUUGGAGCAGAAAAUCGCCGCCCUGGGUCAGAAAAACACUGAACUGGAGCACGAAAACACUGCCCUUCAGGGUCUGAAAAACGAUUCCCUGGAGAAGGAAAUGACCAACCUGGAGCAGAAAAUCACUGCCUUAGAAAAGGAGAGAAAUACACUGGAGCAGGAAAACAAUAAACUUGAACAGGAAAAAACUGCUCUCGGACAGAAAAGCAACACCCUUGAGCAAGCAAACACCGCCCUGGAGAAGGAAAACACCGCCCUGAAGCAGGAAAACACUGCCCACGGUCAGAAAAACAACUCCUUGGAGCAGGAAAAAACUGCUCUAGGGCAGAGAAACACCACCCUGGAGCAGAGAAACACCGACAUGGCACAGAAAAUCACUGUCUUGGAAAAGGAAAGAAUUACCCUGAAGCAGGAAAUCUUUACUUUAAAGCAGGUAAACGACAUCUUGGAAGAGGAAGGCAACUUUUUUGAGCGUGAAAAAAUCUAUUUUGAGGAGAAAUACCUCUUUUUGGAGCAAAUAAACGCGGCCCGGAAGCAGAAAUGCGCUGCUCUGGAGCAAAAAAGCUCAGCAUUGGAGAAAAUAAUCGACGCCUUGGAGCAGGAAAAGGCUGCCGUGGAGGAGAAAAGCGCUGCCUCGGAGCAUAUGCGCACUGUGCUGCAGCUUGAAUUAGAAAAUCUGAACCAUUGUAUGAGGAAAAAAAUGGAACAGCUGAACCAGGAGACAUCAGAAGAAGAAACCAAGGAAAACAUCCAGCCAGUUUCAGAACAGCCACAAGAGCAGGCGCCUAUAUGUUAA